ACCACUUGUCUGGCAUCGAGAGAGUUCAUCGAGGGAACAUGAACAGCCAGUGAGAACGAGUACGAGAGCUUCUCCUGUCUUCAUCAUCACUGCAGUAUGCGUAUAAAUGUUCGAGAGCAGACGCUUGUUAGACUUCUCUGGAGUUCAGCAGGAAGCACAUUGAUCAUGCAGAUAAUUGUUUCCAGGAGAAUGUGUUGCUUGAUCUUCAUGAUGAUGCUUGGGCUUCACCCAGUCUUCUAGGCUUACCCAAUCUUCAACACAAGACACACCUAGACGACGGUUCUACUUACUUUUUAGAACUGUUGUCUAGAGGUUCUUUGGCUUUCGGACUCGAAGUAGUUAGAAGAUUCUUCUUCAGAAUAUCCAUCGCGUGGAACUAGAACCUUAACGCUAGAACUACAAGUUCUUUAUCGAAAAAAAGAUGAAAGUGCCGACCCAGGGGUCGUCUCUUCGUUCUGGGCAGCGACGAAGCAGGAUGGCGCCCUCCGCGUCAAGGAGUUCACCACUCUGCAAUUCAAGGCAGGUCGUCUUGAGUGCAGUGGCAGGCCUGCUGAUUAUGACGUCAAACUCAGAGAGAGUAUAAGUAACAAAUUAGAACUAACAAUUAGGCUACUAGAUGAGGCAACAGCAUUAUAUUUAUAUACUAGAUCCAAGAUACAACUGCAAAAAACUGUUGCAAAUUAUUCGUGAAACUUACUACAUGUUUUGCAUUUGCUCGUUUGUCGAGGUUGUAUUAAUAUUAAACCGCACACCACAACGACCUCCUACUUUAGUAUCAUAGUACCAUCUAAUCCCUCAGCACAUAGGGCUAGCGCCUCGAUUGGAAUUGUGCCUCCUAUGGGUGGAAUUACACCGCAGUUCGAUCUGGAGCCGAAAGCCAUGUUCCGGCACAACACGUCAGAGCUGCACUGUCCAGACCGGGAACUGAUCCACCCAUGCACUACCGAACUCACGGGAUAUUUGAAAGGUAUCUAUCCUUUCUAACUAGAACUUCUAGAUGGUCCUUUCGGCUUUCUACACCGUUGAGACUAAGGGGUAGUACAAUAUAAUAUUCGACCACUAAUGCGGUACAACUACUCAGGUAACCUCUUAUCUUCCAUCAGUAUAGUGACUCCACCUAGUAUUCAGGUAAAAAUAUCAGAGACGAGGGUUACAAGCAGGCGGCAUACGACUGCGCAAGGACGGUUUACGACAGCGUAGACGAUUUCUGGAUUACCAAGAAUAUGACCCACCUUCUGCUCGACUUGGACACAAGCACACACUUUUUCUUAUGAAGUUAUCCCAGAUGAUUAUGUUGACUGAAGACCCACAAACAUGACGAGGGAUCUAUUUAUUCUACCGAAGUAGAUCUAGAUUUUCGAUUGAAGUAGAUUCUCGAUCGCGGAAACCAACUGACAGCCCAAAAAAAACAAAUCAAAUCUUAUAGUCGUGUAGACCAUCGCAUCUGUUUCUGUUCUAAUCGGCGACAAGAACCUGACCCAGGAAAGCAGCUUUUUCCAGUUGGGACUCAAAUUCGGACGAAAGCUGAUCUAUCAUCCCGAAUGCGUCGGCGAGUUCGAUUCGAAGGAUCCUCUCGAAUGCCGCUGCUCGAAUCUCUAUGGUACUUUAGACUCCAAUGCAUUUUUUUUCAUCCUCUUCUUUCCCCCAAUCAAUCUCUCUACCUCUCUUUCUCUCUCUUUAGUUUCUCUGGCAUUUAUCUCACGCUUACCACGUUCUUGUUGUUGUUGCAAGUUGUGCUCUGAUUGUUGUUAUACAGAUUAUUGGGUCUGGUGUCUAACAGCAAAUGGAAGUGCAGCAGGCGUCUUUUUUUUGAUACUAAGUACAUAGAGAUUUUUUUUUAUUCUUGCCUCACUUACAACACCGUUCACCGUUCGCCGUACCUGAACACUACAACAGGUAAGAUUAUCCUCCUGAAAUUGAAGCUUCUGGGAAUGUGGAAUGAGGCCUAUGAACUGUUCGACGAGUUGAAGGCAUUUGAGUGGGACGGCAAGGUGAAAAAGCUUGCAGCUGGGGAGGCUUUCCCGUGGCACCACAUUCAGCAGACAUUAUGAACCAAAUCCGUGGUUUAGGUUAAUAUUUGAUAGGUGGUGUAGGAGUGUGGUAUGGAAGAAAAAAGUGCACUCACACUCAAACAAAGUGGCUAUUUUCCUACUUAAAUCCUAGCCAAUUCCUUGAGUCUGAGUGCACUUUUUCGCUUCAUACGUGGUUUAGGUUAUUGGAUAGGUGGUGUAGGUGUACCAUACGUGGUUUAGGUUAUUUGAUAGGUGGCGUAGGUGUACAUCUAGAACUAGAUCUACAUUGCUUACUCACUUUUCUGAACUUCGGUUCUUUUGAAGUAAGAUAGCAUGACUCGGCGUCGUUGCUGGUGAAUGAAAGUAUCAUGUGGAUGCCGUUGCGCAGUACCUACUGUAGAUUUUUUCCUGUACGAAUUGUUUCAUCAUGAUCGGUGGAUGAUGUUCCAGUGUUUUUUUUCUUCCCUUCCCUUAGAGGACUCUUUCAUUUCCGCCGCAGAUGUUUAUGCCCACGCUUGAGGCGUUGCCUGUCUGGCCUCGCGAACGCAUGGAUGAACUGCCGAUCUGGAAGGUGCUGGAGGACAACUACCCUAUUUUUCUGGAAGAGACCCUUGAAGCCUACGCCAGGGAUACAAGCCUCGCACAGGACGCAUACCCGUUCCUUUUUCAAGGCGGCAACUGGAAUCAAAUCCUCCUCUUUCAUAACCGAAACUACACCGAGGCGUGUGAAAAAGUAAGAGUCUACUUAUAACUGAAGAUUUUUGAUAUGAUAUCUACCAAAUUAAUGAGAAGAAGUCCCUAAUUAACUUAGACAGUAGGCAUGUUCAUCUUCGCUCCUGAGCUGCAUCAGAAUCAAUUUCUUGUCAACUUCUAAUGAAAUACACGCUUAUUUGUACACCCACUGAUUUUUCAACUCAAGCUUGGUUGACAAUCCCUGUUGACUAUUCGAUCAUCAAGGAACGAUAAUGGCCUUGUAUGGUUCUGGUAUUUGGUAGCCUGAAUUUGAUCCUAAGGGUUCUCUUCUUGUUUUCCCUUAUGAUCCAAUUCAGGUUACCAAAUACCGGAACCAUACAAGGCCAUUAUCGUUCCUUGAUGAUCGAAUAGUCUGUCAACAGGGAUUGUCAACCAACCUUAGUCUUGUUAGUACUUUGCCACGAACUCGAAGUCGAACACAAACUACUACCACUUAGUAACUCUUCUCUUCGCGAAGUGAGUAUCAGUUUUCCCAUCAUUAAAUGUUGAACAAGCUCCACCUCCUUCUUCUGCUUACGAUGUUACUGUUGGACUUUUAGCAUGGUACAACUCCUUAAUGUUAAUGCACCUCCCUCUUCCUGUUCAGUACGGCUUAAUACAAAUACACUCUCCAUGUGGUCAACCUCAACAGUCGUUCCCGAAAACGUGUGCGAUCCUGAAGCGAGAACUGCCGAAGAGAGACCUGCAUAACUACCCGUGGACCUCCAACCAGAAUGAGCAAGUUCUAGUCCUAAGGCUGAAAGUCGGGACCGACGUCGAGACGCAUUGCGGUCCAGCAAACAAUAUUCUCAACGUGCACCUGGGACUCAAAGUUAUGUAGUUGUUAAUCAAUUUUUAGUUACAACGAACUUUUACUUUUUUUAGUUUUAGAAUUUCAUUUUCCAACAAACCAGAACAAACGCAAGAACUCCAGAUUACCGGUGUGAUCGUCAAUUGAGUCAGAUUCGGAACGUCCUUUGUGCUCCGGAUGAGUUCGCUUUUCCCAUGGCACAGAGUCUAUUUUACUUAAAUGGAAUCAUAAACACAAAAACAUACAAUAACACGACUCAUGGACAACUGGGUCAACUAUCUUUAUCAUUCUGGUCUAAUCUCAGCACAAAGGGUGCAAAGCUGAUCGUGGCAAACGAGACCUACGGCUGGGAGGAAGGGAAGGUGAUCGCGUGGGAUGGGUCCUUCGAUCAUCGCGUUCACUGUCUAGAAUGCGUGGAAGACCGCUACAUCAUGAUGGUGCGAUACAUUUAUGUCACAAUAUCAUUAUCUCGCUGGUGAGUUGUAUCAGUUACUCGAACAACUAGAAUUUUUACACUCUUUCAUCUGCUGAAUCUGAAAUUUGUUUUAAUUUCACUCCCUCUCCCAAUGUACUCGAUCGCCUAAGAAAGGAUGAAACUCCAUGUUAAGUAUCCGACAUGUUGAUGAAAAUUUCCUGCCUUGAGUUCGAGUACUAGUAGUAGAAACACACUCGUCUGCCCGUUUCCUGUUCUAAAAUCUGCAUCCUGGUGUGACGCCAGACCACUAUAGGGGGAGCCGCCAGACACACUACGAGAAACUGCCAGCGGAGUGGCUGGAAAAGUGGGAUAAGGAAGACCUGAAGGAUGUGGAUGACGAUUUGUAAACAUCGAAUACUUUUUGUACAUGUAUCCGAAACGAAUAACUAAGGCUUCUUCACUAUGAAUAGGAAAAGCAAACAGCUGCAAAUUAAUAUGGACACGAUCAUGAAGUGGUUAGCGUCGCGCCGUUGUGAAUACGUUUAUUUAAAUAUCCGAAGAAGAAGAAGAACUCUACUGUUGUUAAUUAGUAUUGGAUGAAAAAGCAUCAAAAAUUCUCUUCCUACUUCAUCACGCAUGAUUGAUGCUACCUGUAUCGGCUUGCUCUUGGUAGUCUCGUCUGCUUGACUACGGAACUUUGAGUACAAAACCAGGAGACUAUAACCAUUUCGAUUUGCAUGCCUACAACAAGCCUCCUCGCAUCAAGUACUAGACUCCUGAGACAAGACUAGACUGAGCCUCGAUGCAGCAGUAUUUUUAGCAGAGAGAAUCCAUUGUCUUCAGAAAGUAGAUGGACGACAUGGAGAAUGACAUGUUAGAGCCGUCGCACCAUUUUUACCAUACAAGAUGGAUUAACAUCAACUACGUUCUUAAAUUUCACAUUACUACAUAUUUUGUCAUUUCUCGUGUCAUUCGUGUCAUUGACUUUGACUCUAAAAUCAUGGCUACCAUGUGAAUGUGUGCUAGUGCCAACCACGAUCUCAUCUUCACAAGCAAAGUCUUCAAUCCCUGUCAUCAUGACUGACGCUGAAACAAUUCACUUUGCUAUCCUACUACUAGUAGAGGGUCUGAUGUGCCCUCUAGUCUAGAGGGUACGUAUUAUUUUAGACCAGGAUUUUUCUCGUUGCACCACGUAGAUUCUUUUUGAAAAAUGCAGCCAGGCACAAGGCCUGGCGCACAGCCAUACACCCCGGCCAUCACGUGACUGGAAGCGUUCGGCGUCGUCGACAUUCGCAGAGUGGCAGCCGCCAAGGAUACUUGACUCGCUGGGGGCUAGGGGGUGCCUUAAGGCGGCCCCUUUUGGUCCAAAAUGGUCGCCAAAUGACCCGGGUCGUUUGGGGUGUCAAAGUGGGGUCUUUUUGCCCCCCUUUUUGACACCCCUCCAAAGCACCUCCGAGCCAAGCCUCCCAAGGGUUGGGGCUCCCCUGGAGGCGCUUUUAGGGUCCACACUUCGCGAUCCUUGGAAGCGGAGUCCCGCUCCGAGGGUUCACUGCCAAGCUAUCGGGAUGGCCCCAGCGGUCCCGAAGAGGUUGGGACUUGUCAGGCUAGCAAAAUUUGAAAAUAAACCCACGUGGUGCAACGAAAAAAAUCCUGGUCUAAUUAUUUUUACAGAUGCCCCAGAAGGUAAACAGAGUCGA